GUCCGUUUGGCUUCCGCUUGGCUGCGUUUAUGCAUGUUUUGUGUGGGAGGGGAAGAAUGGGAGGUGCUGUGACCCACUUCGUCUCAACUCUGCCCUUCGGUCUGUGGCAGCUGCAGGGCCUGCAUUUCCUCAUGGCCGCGUGGCCGACGCCCGUGGCCGCUGCCACCGUUUGCGCGUGCGGAUCGUGCGCAUGGUGGAACAGGAGCCGUUGGUUACAUCGGGGUGCUGACGACAGCGAAGGGUGGCCGCCUGCAUCCCCGGACAGGGUGCGAGAGAUUCUUAAAUACACUCGCCUUGCAGAGGGAGCUUGUGAGAGGAAUAUCGAUGACCUGCUGAAACGCGCUAAUUGCAAACCAGUUCCUGGAGUUCCCCAUCCAAUUGUCACAAAAGAGGAUAUCGUCUGCUUUGAGCCACAAAAUGUCGGGAACUCGCCAGUGCUGGGGAGUCCCAAUCCUCUGAUGCAGGCCACCAGGCUGAGCGUGCUUCAGUCUGCACUCAUUCAGGAUGACUUUUGGCCAAGGAUUGCAACAUCUAUUAUGCAGAAGAUAUUUCUUGGCAUGAUCUGCGGUGUGCAGGCAGUAAUGUUUGUCCGCUUCUGCAGAGAUUUGUUUAUUCCAGAGGAAGAACGACUUUCAAAUCCAAGGCGCUUGUAUCCACCAGGGCAGCUGUACCACAUCGUGUACCAGAAGGCAGGGUUCUCUGGACUAACAGCAACCAACCAUCGUGUGCUGACGGCAAAUCCACAAGGUGGGAGGUUCGAAAAGAUUAUACUCUCCCUCAGGGCAACAGCAGACCAUCGACUGCGUAGCUAUGAUGCAGCCCUGGAGAAGGUGAUUGCCAAUUUGGACGGCGUUCGACUUGACAUCGACGGAGAGUCAAACGGGGAGGUGGAGAGUGUGGAUCGUGCCAGUUCAACGAGUGUGGCCGCGGGCGUCCUUGAGCAGUAAGUUUAAGCGAGAGCAUCAUUUUGAGAACAUGGCAGCAAAAGUUAGCGAGCUGGAGGGCGUUUGAGCGAGAGCAUCAUUUUGAGAACGUGGCAGCAAAAGUUAGCGAGCUGGAGGACGACAACCUGUCGUUAAUGUGUGAGUCUCAGGAGGAGCACAGGAGGGUGGACAAGAGGUGGCUAUUUUUGGAGGGUCAAGUGGGAGAAUUCAUCGGAAAAGGCGGAUGGAGAGAGUGGCAUGUCCCGGUGAAGCUCUUCAACGA